AUGAUAGGGCUUGCUGCUCAGAGGAAACCUAAUGGGUCUUUGAUCGUCGUCUCACCGAAAGACGGCAUUGAGUUUGAUAUCGAUGAGGAUCUUCUCAAUAAAAAUAUUGUUAAACUUGGUAGUUUCUGUCGUAUAGAAGUCGAAAAUAAUGUGCCGGUUUCCUAUUCUCUCGUAAAGAAGUAUGGUACGGGAAAAAUAGAAGCUGAAGUAGAGAGUGAUUCUGUUCAGAUAAAUGGAAUCACUGGAAUUCUAUCCAGCAAGCUCGCCUUGUUCUACAAAACGAAAGAUUUUGGAGAGGUUGCAUGUAAAGAUAAGGUUGCUGGGCAAAUUGGAACUAAACAUCAGCUUAUUAUUUCGAGAUUACCAGAAAACCAGCGGACUGGUCUUUACUCCAGAUUUGUAUGGCAAGGCGUAUCGGAUGGAAUUGUGGAAAAAGUUGGAAAAGAAAACGCAAUUGAAGCUAAGAAAACGAAUAAAAAUUCGAUUCCAGAAGAAGUGAACGAUGAGAAAGAUGAAGAGAAAGCUAAAGUUGCUAAGUCUGGAGAAAAAAUGCCAGAAAAGAAGCAUAUUUUUGGAUUCGUAGUUGGCAAAAAUCAACGCGAACAGUCGAGAUACGUUUUCUGUAAUCUCACUUAUCCUGGAGCUGACGGCAAAGUGUUUUGCAACAAAAAUAAUUCUGUGGAUGUCGGUGAUUGGGUGCGACUAGAAUUCAACAAAAAAGAGUUUUCAAAGUAUUUCCCAACAAAUCCAAAAGCCAAUACGCCAACAUUUUCUAUCUUGACAUGGAGAAAAAUUCCCGAUCCUCGUAAUUAUAAAGUGUCUCAACAUGGCGAAGUUUUGGAAGUGAGAAUCAAAGACUAUGCACUCCCAGCCAAUCAUAAAAGUGGCGAUUCUAUCGAGGAUAAUUAUUUGGGACUCGUCGACGAUGGAAAUAAAAUGAUUAGAAAAGGAUCAGAGACGGUUGACUUGGUCAUCAGACGACGCAAACCGUUCAGAACAAGUGAUGGAAAAUGGACAGUUUGGUUUGUUAAAGAAUCAAGGAAAUCAACUUCGAGAUCUGAAAGCCCAUUUUCUACGGAACGUAGUUCUUCAAAUUUUCAGGAUAGUCGUACGUCUCGAAAGACAAACAAAAAUCAGAAGAAAAAUGAGAUGAAACAGAAUGACAGAUUUCUAAAAGAAGGAUCAUCACAGUCCAAAGAAAACGGUUUGGCGCAUGGUAACAAUAAUAAUUGUGCCUAUCCACCUGGAUUUUUCUUCGGUCCCCCGAAUAUCAAUUGGCAAAUGGGUCAUCCAAAUCCUGUGGGACUAAUCCACGCGAUGGGAGGAGCGAUGUCCAUGGGAUCUGUCGCAGCAAUGCCGGGUUACCCUGGUUUUGUCUAUCCACAAGCAUUCAUGCCACCGUUGGCAGGUUGUCCCCCUCCAUUUCCAAAAUCUGAAAGGAAUCAAGAAGCUCCUCGAAAGCCAAAUACUGAACGUGUUUUGAAAGGAGAGCCGGUCAGAAAAAGGGCUGUGGUAACAUCUAUAAAACAAAACUUCGGUUGCAAGGAAAAGGAAAAAAGCCAGAGAGCAUUCUUGUGGCUAUUGGAUGACCAUAGACAAUCAGUUUUGUUGACAUCUGGGGAAGUUGUUCAAGAGAGAAACAACGAAAAAGUCAAAUUGUUCCCCGGCUAUUUCUUCGAUGGAGUCUUUCAGCAAGAUGAAGAAGAUAGAUGGGAGUGCACGAGACAUAUGACUAGACUAGGAAAACUCCUGGAAGGAAGCGUGCACAAUGGCGCUCUCGAGUUCCAGUUUGUAGUGAACGAUUACUUCCCACAGUCUGCAGAACGUCUCAAUCCGGAAACGUUCCACAGCUUCAUUGGAAAAAUUAUUGACAAAGAGAAUAAACUACCGAAAGAUUGCUCAUCGGGUGUCCGAAUCGGUAUCAAACUUUGGAAUCUCCCAGAGAGAGGUGAAUGGUGUUGGGUCGUCUCGAAAGUAUUUCAAUCAUCGAAGCACGUCCAACUUCUGAUGGAGUUUCAUCAGGCAUGGCACAAACCAGGAAUUCGAGAUGUGAUCCGCCAUGAAUCAAUAAAGGAAUUCUUGCUGCUACAAGAUUUAAUGGAUACCAAAGCUGAAAAUGAUGAGGAGCAUAAUAAGGAGUUGAUUGAUAAUAAGGACUGGAAGUACGCUUGGGUGGUUGUUCAUGAUGGAGAUUUUAUCAGAAUGCUAGUGUUUCCCCGAGUUAAAGGACAAGGAAUGAAUCUCAUGAAGAAGAAUGUGAAAGAAAAAUCUGUUUAUAGGAAAGUAAAAAACAUGAAAGCUAACAGACUGUAUCGUGCAAAGCUGAAUGAUGUGGGCGAUGUCGUUGAAAUGAUUGAUUGUGAACAGCAUUUUUAUGCCGAUAAGUAUGGUAAAAUCCAGUUCAAAAUCGUAUCCACUGAUGACCUUCUUCUGGCGAAAAAUGUAGCGGUAGUUGAACCGAUUGGCGUUCCUGAGUGUUUUGGAAAACUCAUCUUCUGCUAUCCAGAUCGUCCAAUCACAAAGAAAAAAGUGUUGAUGCAAACAACCUUCAGAAUUCUUGACGAUAAGGAUGCAUUUUCUGAUAAUGAGCUGGUUCAAACUGCAGGAGUAUGCUUUAUCAACACUGGUGAUCCAGUGGAGAAAUUGCCAAACCAAAAUCUGGAGGAAGUCAUGGAAUCGGAAAGAACCUUUUCUGAGAGAAAACUGGAGAAUUACAAACAUAAUUAUUUUAAAAACAAGUUGUUGGUCCUUCAUCCCAAAGAUGAAGUGUUUCCAAUGUUCAAGGCAGUUUGUUCCAUUUUGAGAAGUACUCAGAUUCUCAAAGAAUUAAAGAAGCAAGACAUCGAUACUCAUCGGCUCAUCAAAUUGCAAGCUUCGAUUUAG